AUGCUUAUAUUUGCAAUGUCAAUUACAUCAUCGUUUGCAUGUAUUGGUUGUUGUUGUGGUGUUUGUAGCAAAGGAAAAGGUCCACCACCACCACCAGGUUUUGGUUAUGCUCUACCACCAUCAUUUCCAGUUGCAGCACCACCACCACCGCCAUUUUAUGCACAACCUCGUGCACCAGCACCACCACCACCACCACCACCACUUGGAUAUGCAAAAUCACAGAGACCGAUUUCCUACGGUGUACAACAAUUUGAAGUAGCACCAAGCAGUGAACAAAAUAGAAAUGAACUUAUCCAAUAUGUUGGAUAA